AUGAAAAUCCGCGCGUCCACGCUCGCCGCUGCUGCCUGCCUGGCCGGCACGGCGCUCGCCUGGCCGAUGAGGCAUCAGCAGCAUCAGCAGCAGCAGGGCACCCAGGUGGCACCGCCUUCGACCGUGCACGACCUCUUUGAGGCGGAGAAGACCAACGCUUUGGCGAACCAGGCGAGGGACGGCCCUGGCGUCAACAACACGACGGCGCCGGCUGGGAACUCGUCGACGACGACCACCACCACCACCACUACGACGACCGAGGACACUCCCGGCGGCGGCGCGUUCAAGGAGACGACGACGACGACGACCAACGGCAAUGGCAAUGGCACCACGUCGCAGGUGCAGCCGUACAACGCGACGGCGGAUCCGGCCAGGGCGGCAGCGGCGCCACCCCCCAGCGGGCAGCAGAAGGGCCACGACGCGAAGCAGCAGUUCGCGGAUGGUUUGCUCGGCGGCGCGCGGCACUUGCGCAGGGCUGAGUCUGAUGAGAAGGGCGACGUUAGGAAGAGGGAUGACGGAAUAGAGGAUGAAGGUGAUGAGGCGCCGAUGGGCGACAUGUCGACGAUGAAAGACAUGAGUCCCGAAACGGAGGCUGCUGCGAAGCCCAUGGCCGGCUCAGAUGGCAUGACGGGCAUGAUGGCGAAGGGCCACGGUGACAUGGACAAGCGCAUGGAUUCUUCUUCUUCUCCUCCCCCCGGCAUGAACGGACAUGGAUCGGAAGAGACCAGCAGUGACACCGUCCUGGAGAGGCGCCUCGAGCACUCGGAUGCGGACAACAAAAUGACGGGCAACCACGAUAUCGCACACCAGAUGGCCGCCAUGUCCAACGCUCAAAGCCCCGCCGGAGGGAUGAAGUCAACCUCUCCUUCGUCUUCACCCCCUUCUUCAGAGCCUCAAGGCAAGAAGGAGGGCAUCAUCAUGCCCACCAACGUCACCAAAGUCGACAACAACUGGUCGCCGUCGUCGCCGUCGACCGUGGCGGAAGCCCCUCCCCGGGUGCUGCUCAAGGCGCCGACCAAGCAGCAGCCGAGCCUCCGGCCGCUCAGCAAGCGCGAGAUCGGCGUGCUGGAGCGCUUUGCAACCUACGUGCGGGACCUCAUGGACGCGGGCGACGAGACGAGCGCGAAGCCGGCAGCGUCCAACAGCACCGGCGGCGGCGUGAUGGGCAGGGCGGUGGCCGCGGGUGGUGGUGGUGGUGGCGGCGGCAACUUGACGAAUACGACCGCGGCGGCGGAGGGCACCGAGCGCGACGACAGAAUGGACAAGGUUCGUGAGGCGAUCCUGGAGAGGCUGGCGCAGGGGAUGGACGAGGAGCGGCAGCAGUCAGGGGAAGGCCCUGAGAAGGAGGAACAGGAGGAGAAGAAGAAGAAGAAGAAGAAGAAGGACAAGAUGAUUGAGCGACGUCAGGACGUGUCUAUGAAUGGGAUGGAUGGUGGCGGCGACGGCGGCGAUGACGGCGGCGAUGACGACUCCUAA